UUCCGCCUCAUUUCGACCCUAUUCGCAAGAUCUCUGCGCCUACUGGCUCCUGCUCAAUUUAACCUCUGCGGUUUGUGUGUUCUUGGCUGAGGGCUUCGGGUCCGCGUUAUCUUGAAGGUACUCUACUGUCUUGAUCCUGUAUCCAUGCACACGGACUCUACUGACGUUUCCUUGCACUGGCAGUGGUGGAGGAACAAAUAAUCGGCUAUAGAAUCUAAGUGGGUGGCGGAAACGGGCAAAUGCAUUUUGGAGACUUCAGGUAGGUCGACUGACUUCUGUCGUGGAAACCCCGCCAAGCCUGCUUUCAUGCCAUAAUUCUACCAACUACAGAAAAAGGCUAAUACAAUCGAAUUUCCCUGACAAGGUAGGUUUGCUUCAAUUAUGAAGUAGUAAUUCAUGUACAAUGGAUGAACGACAUUAAUAAAUAGAUGUAUCGCACCGAAAUAUGACAAUUAAAAUGUAGGUGCACUGAGAGUAGUUCUCUGAUGAAUUAGUUUCUAGCAGAAGUUCCAGGACACCCCGUUGGUUUCCCCUUAAAUGAAUUGGGUGUAUUUGUGACUACUGGAUAACCCAUGGUUGUUUCCUGGGUGUUUUGACCAAACUGGGCUUUAGCUCUCACUUCCCCAAUGCUGGGAAAUGGUUUAAAAUACAGGAUAUUUCUCAAGAGAAGAGUUUUCGAGAUGUAGGCUAUUUGUCAACUGUCAUAUUUCGCAUUUUCUGACCAUUCUUUUACAUUUUUUGUGAAAUAUGAAUCGAUUUCUAUUUUUCUGACUCAGAUUCGGAACAUGUCGCGAGUGUUCUACCUUUGCUUUCUCACUGCGAGACUGUUCAUCCACCUCGCUCACGGUGAAGAACACAAGGGGGAGAUAAAAACCCACUACAUCAGCGCUGGUUACUUCUUCCAGCUGAAAUGUAGUGCAGACGAUGAUUCUGAGGAGCCGAUCACUGUGACCUGGAGCAGACGAUGGAACCAGACCCUGAACACAACCUUUGGGUUGGAGGUCAGAGGGGAUGUUCUACAAUUUCUACCUGCCCAAACCUACCAUAACGGUAGCUAUGUCUGUGAGAUCAAGUACCCCACAGGAUCAUGGCAGAUAGAGUUUUUGCUCUUUGUGGAUCCUGGGCCUUGCCCUGUUCCAGCUGAGAGCAGGUCUGGAUCACAGGGGAUCAAUCAAGUGCUGUUCUGUAGACAAAAGGAUGUCUUGCAUCUGGACCCAGCACCAUACAUCCAAUGGUUCAAGGACUGUAGCCCGGUCGACAAGCAAAUUCUGGAUCAUCUCUGGUUAAUCAAUAUUACUGAGAGCAGUGCAGGAGUCUACACCUGCUUUAUAAACUUCACACUACAGGGGAGACGGUACACCUCUGCCCGAAGCACUCAGCUAAAAGUCAACAAAGAAAAUACCCUGUUGAAUCCCAGAGUGACCAAUCCCAAAAAGGACACAGUCACGGUUGAACCAGGCUCCAGUCGAGAGCUGGUGUGUUCGGCAUUUCUAGGGGUUGGGGAAGGUACUGAAUCAGAGACAUUCAUGUUCUGGACUGUAAAUGAAAAACAUGUUGAGGCCAUAAAAGAGCUCACUGUGUCCAAGACAAAGAUCUAUCAGCACAGCAGUUGGACCUAUGGCCAGUCCACUCUGUCUAUCUCGGAAGUCCGUCCUGAAUUCCUCCAUGUGCCUUUCCGCUGCAUUGCCCAGAAUUCCCUCGGAGAGGACAUAGGGAUGUUGUUCCUUCAGCCAGCCAAUCAUAGUGGUUUCUACACAACUGUGUGUCUCUGCAUGGCUUUUUCUAUGGUCGUUGUUGGAGUGGUGAUGUGCUUCCUCUUUAAAGUGGAUCUGGUGUUGGCCAGCAGGAAGCUGCGCCCCCUUGUCUCCAAAAAGAGAGCACCAGAUGGAAAGCUGUACGAUGCUUAUGUCAGUUAUCUCUUUGGCGAUGGGUCUUCCCAGGCAGAGACCUUUGCCCUCCAGGUUCUACCUGAGGUGUUGGAGAAACAACACGGAUACACACUCUUUAUCAGUGGCAGGGACGACCUCCCUGGGGAAGCAAUCCAGGACCUCACCUCUGAGACAAUGCGCAGAAGCAGACGACUCAUCAUCAUCCUGUCAGCCCAGACUGCAUCCCGUCUGCAUCCCACAAUACAUGCUGAUGAGCAAUUACCACUGCACCAGAGCCCACAGUACUUCCCCAAUUAUGACCAGCAGAUUGGCCUGUAUGAUGCUUUGAUCCAAAAUGGCCUCCAGGUGAUCCUUGUGGAGACCGAUGCCAAGAUGGACUACAUAUCUCUGCCAGAGUCGCUGCGCUACAUCAGAAGGAAGCAGGGAGCUUUGAGAUGGCGCUCUGGAAAUAGCAUCGCCACUUCACCCCGUAAUGGCCGCUUCUGGAAGUGUCUGAGAUACCACAUGCCCCCCGAGCCAGGUCUGAAACCUCAGGCAACACCUUGACAUAAACUGUAGUAGCAAAUAUAACUAUAUUAUGUUUCCCUUAUUUCAUCACAAGAACCUGCCAUUUUAACAGGGUUGUGUAGGCUUUUUAUAUCCACUGUAGGUAUUACUAUGUAAUGACAUAUUCAUGUUUCUGCAGUUGUUGUACAAUUUGAAUAUGGAAGGUGUAGUUCCAUAUUUACUUGCUAAAUGUAAUUCCACAUGUGAACUGCUGAUGUUAUUCCACAUUCUCUCAUUCUCAUUAGCAUCUACUAUAUUUUUCAUCUCUAUAAUAUUAAUUUAAUAAUGAAUAUUUAGCAUCUACUGUAUUUAUCAUCUCUAUUAGACACCCCUGCACACCAAACCAAUACUGCUUCCUCUAGUAGAUUGUUAAAUUACUGCAAUUCUUAUUGUUUGUAUUGUUUAUUAUUGAUGGAGACACUGUUUAUAUAUUCAUUUUGUAAGUGGGUGUUUUCAUGUUUUUUACACCUGUUGUUAAUGAGGUACAUGACAAAUUAUAUUUGAUUUGACAUGUGUAACAUAUGUUUUUGAAUGGCCAGUACGCCUAUUUGACCUGGGUAAUUCUGUGACUGGGGUGACCGUCAAUUUCCUGGUGAUCUGGGGCUACCAGCAUUUGGAACUAACCUGUGAGGCUCAAUGCAGCCUUUUUAAUUUAAUUGUGACUUGUACAUUUUUGUUUCAUUUUUGAUUGUAUAUGAUGACUGUUUUCCAAGAAUUGUGCAAGAGCAAAUUGAGAAGCUAUUCAUUGUACUAAUGAUGAGCUGGUGUUGUCGUACUGUUUACACGUUGGUUCUGUUGUCUGGCACUAUACUCCCUACACACAAACAGGAUAUAUUUUUUAUGUGUUCAACAGUUUCUAUUUACUUAGAAAAAUGUAUUUUCCAUGAAAGAACAAGUCUGUCAUGGUACAGGAUCACAUCCAUUGGAUGGUUUUCUUAUGGUAUACCUACCUCCCAUAGACACUGUAUAUUUAAUAAAUUAUGAAGUGUGAUGAA